AAUGGAGUGGGGAAAUGAGAGUUUUUACACUGUAAUAAAGAAAGCAAAUCUUUACACAAACAGAAAUAUUGAUCUUCUCAUUUCGUUUUGCAGAAUGAGUGUUUUUCUUGCCAUCAUCUCUUUUGUGGCACUGGCCAGUGCAGCCAGCAUCUCUCUGGAAGACCUGGAGUUCAGUGCCUGGAAAUUGAAGUUUGGUAAGAUCUAUAAGUCUGUAGAGGAAGAGUCUCAGCGUAAGAUGAUCUGGCUGGAAAAUCGCAAGAUGGUCCUGGUACAUAACAUGCUGGCUGACCAGGGCAUUAAGAGCUACAGACUCGGCAUGAACUACUUUUCAGACCUGGAUAACCAGGAAUACAGAGACUCUGUGUUUAAGGGCUGCCUGCGAUCCUUCAACAGCACCAAGAGACACAGUGCAUCUACAUUCCUCCGACAGGCAGGUGGAGCUGUUCUGCCAGAUAGUGUGGACUGGAGGGAAAGCGGCUACGUGACUGGCAUUAAAAACCAAAAGGCGUGUCGUUCUUGCUGGGCCUUCAGUGCGACAGGGUCACUUGAAGGUCAGAUGUUUAGGAAGACAGGGAGGCUGGUGUCACUGAGUGAGCAGCAGCUGGUGGACUGUUCCAGGAAAUUCCAUAACUUUGGUUGCAGUGGAGGAUGGAUGGAUCAAGCCUUUAAAUACAUUAAAUACAACAAUGGAAUUGACACAGAGAAGUCUUACCCUUAUGAGGCCAGAGACAAUAAUUGUAGGUUUAAUCCAGCCACUGUCGGAGCCACCUGCACUGGCUAUGCGGAUAUAAAAAGUAAAGAUGAAAAGGCUCUACAGGAAGCCGUGGCCACCAUCGGACCCAUUUCUGUCACCAUAGAUGCAAGUCAGACAUCCUUCAGCCAUUACAAAUCUGGUAUCUAUGAUGAGCCCAACUGUAGCAGCACUGACCUGGAUCAUGGUGUCCUGGUUGUUGGUUAUGGCACAGAAAAUGGACAGGACUACUGGCUGGUCAAGAACAGCUGGGGCCUUGACUGGGGUGACAAAGGCUAUAUCAAGAUGUCCAGGAACAAGAAUAACCAAUGUGCUACUUUGUUCUUUGAUGCCAAGGAAAAACAAAUCUUUACACACAAAAAAAGAAAUGUGAAUCUUCUCACUUUUUGCAGAAUGAGGCUUUUGCUUAUUGUCACCACUCUUGUGGCUCUGGCCAGUGCAGUCAGCGUCUCUCUGGAAGACCUGGAGUUUCAUGCCUGGAAAUUGAAGUUUGGUAAGAUCUAUAAGUCUGUGGAGGAGGAGUCUCAGCGUAAGAUGACUUGGUUGGAAAAUCGCAAACUGGUCCUGGUACACAACAUGCUGGCUGACCGGGGCAUUAAGAGCUACAGACUCGGCAUGAACUACUUUACAGACAUGGAUAACCAGGAGUACAGAGAUGCUGUGUUUAAGGGCUACCUGGGAUCCUUCAACAGGACUAAGAAACACAGUGCAGCUACAUUCCGCCGACAAUCAGGAGCUGUUCUGCCAGAUACUGUGGACUGGAGGAAAAAGGGCUAUGUGACUGAUGUUAAGGCUGGUAACUGUAGCUGGGCCUUUAGUGCGACAGGGUCACUAGAAGGCCAGAUAUUUGGGAAGACGAAGAACCUUAUGCCACUGAGUGAACAGCAGUUAAUCGAUUGCAUCUGGCCAUAUGGGGAAAUUAAGUGCUUUGGAUCUGUGGUCAAUUCCUUUGAAUAUAUUAAAAACAACAAUGGAAUUGACACCGAGGCAUCCUACCCUUAUGUGGGGCCCGGCAGGGUUUGCAGAUUUAAUCCAGCCACUGUGGCAGCUAACUGCACUGGCUAUGUGAUUAUAAUGAGUGGAGAUGAGAAAGCUCUACAGGAAGCUGUGGCCACCAUCGGACCCAUUUCUGUCGCCAUAGAUGCAACCAAAUCUUUCCAGCACUAUGAAUCUGGUAUCCACGAUAACCCCGACUGUAGCAGCACUGAGAUGAAUCUUUAUGUCCUGGUUGUUGGUUAUGGCACAGAAAAUGGAAAAGACUACUGGUUGGUCAAGAACAGCUGGGGUCUUGACUGGGGUGACAAAGGCUAUAUCAAGAUGUCAAGGAACAAGAAUAAUCAGUGUGGUAUUGCCAGUAUGGCCAUCUAUCCUCUGGUUUGUCUAUUUUCAUAUGAGCCAUUAACCACUGCUGUGGUGUGUGAGAUCACAAAACAAAUCAAUGCUGAACACAGGUACCCCCAAAACAGACAAAAAUGCCAUUUUUUGGCUACCGGUAAAAAUGGUUAUUAUCUUUUUUUUUCUUUUUUUUUUUUUAAACUAGGUAAGAUCUAUAAGUCUGUGGAGGAGGAGUCUCAGCGUAAGAUGACUUGGCUAGAAAAUCGUAAGCUGGUCCUGGCACACAACAUGCUGGCUGAUGAGGGCAUUAAGUGCUACAGACUCGGCAUGAACUACUUUGCAGACAUGGUGAGAUGGAUAAAUUUAAUCACACACACACUAUUUUCAGUAUAUAUGUGUACACAUAUACAACAGUGGUGUGAAUAUAUAAAUAACAUACAGUAGGUUCUCCUCUGGCCCACCAAAUUUAUUUUGGAAUCUGUACUAGAAAUUAUCUUGUUGACUCCAAUAGAAUUAAAAGAUUUGAGGCUAAAGAGCUGGUCUCUGCUGUUCCACCAGGGGGCGAAAUAGAUCACUAAAAUCAGCUAUUGACAAAAUGUUAAUGAUGUGUAUUAUUUAUCAGCAAGAAAAGAAAUUGAUUCUAUAACCGGAGAGUUUUCCAAAAAUAAUCAAGCAGUGGGGUUUGACAGCAUUGGGAGUAUGCAAAAACGUAUGCAAUCAAAAUGUUUAAAUGUUUUCUUAAUGAACAAUUUUUCAAAUUAUUUUAAUUCAUUCCUCUUCAAUAGUUUGGGGUAUACAUGCAAGAAUAUUUAUAUUUAUGGUUAAAUUUAUGGCUAGUUCAUGUAAGCAGGCAUAUACCCAGACAGGGAUAAAGUGGUUCUUUAAUAAAAAAUAGUAUGGUGCAGGAAAGCAGCCUGUUCACUGCUGCGCUUUGAGAACAAGCAGAAAACAAGUAUCAAGUAUAAAGGUAUCUACUAUGAGGCAAAG